AUGUUUGCAUCUUUUCACAUCAACAUUCCUUUCAUUGAAGCCCUCCAACAGAUGCUUUCAUACAUUAAGUGCAUGAAGGAGUUGCUAACCAAGAAAAAUCCAUUGAAGGGUGGACAAACAGUAGUGAUGAAUAAAAAAUGUAGUGCUCUUAUCCAAAAGGAACUACCCACAAAUAAGAAGGAUCCAGGGAGUUUCCACAUCCCUUGUGCCAUAGGAGACACAAUGAUAGAUAGAGGUUUUUGUGAUCUAGGAGAAAGUAUAAACCUAAUACCUCUGUCUCUCAUGAAAAAGCUACAAAUCAAUGAGUUAAAAUCCACUGAUGUGAUCCUUCAGCUAGUUGAUAAGAACCAAAAACAAGCACUAGGAGUAGUUGAAAAUGUACUGGUAAAUGUGGGGAAGUACUUCCUCCCUACAGAUUUUGUUGUUCUUGAGAUGGAAGAAAGUUAUCUUCAUCCAAUCAUUUUGGGGAGACCAUUCUUAGCAACAGCCAGAGCACUCAUUGAUGUUGAGCAAGGAGAGUUAAUAUUGAGAAUACAUGAUGAGCAACUUACCUUUCAUGUCUUCAAGCCCUCACAUGAAUCUGAACAAGAGAGCAAAAAGCUGGAGGAUUAUCAUAAUGAAGUGUUUUUGGAGGAAAUAAGCAGUGAAUCACAAGCAGAACCUCUGAAGACUUCAGUGGUAGAAAAAUAA